GUCACUCCAGUAAAGAAAGCUCUAAUGAAACCACGGUGUCCGAGCUUGAACUGCAGUUUCCUGCCAAUCAAUAACAAUGGCAACCCGAAGCGUUUGAACCCAUUUAGAUCGAUAUAGAGAAUUUGGCGCAUAGUUGUACUUCCAUCGUUCUUUGAGCUACAUUGGCGCGUCCGAUUCGCGCCAGGCUUUGGAAAUUUCAGACUUGCCCACACGAUGGCGCCCACGAAGAAAUUGCAAAUAUCGCAAGAAGCAUUUGACGCUGUUGUUAACGAGAAUGUGGAGGAGUUUGGUAUGGAAAUGGAGGAGGCUCUAGCAGAUGCCGUCACCACCUUUCAGUUACAAGGAGUUGAUCUUUCUGGGAUCAUAACUGACGGAGGUGGAGGAGCCUCUUUAGAAAGCCACCCGAUUAUCGAAUCCAUCAAUGCAAUACGAUCGGCUGUAGCCUCUCUGUGUGGAGAGGACUUAGCAACAACAGCUUCUGUUGUAGAAUUUUGUAAUAGUUCACAGCCCACAGAAGAAGUUAUACCGUCAACCGUAGAAUCUUGUAUUGUUAAGGGAUUAGAUACUUUACGAGUUGCCUGCCGUGAUGAGAAGACCAACAACGCAUCACUUGCAGAAAGGCACGACGCAUUGGAAGUGGUUCUUGCUGCUGUGAAGGCAUUGACAAGAUCUGGCGCUUCUUCGCUGGCGUCAGGUUUAGCAGCCCUUUGUUCCUGCCUCACUGGUGACAGAAGCAGAGAAAAGUUUCUUCACUGCAAUGGUCCUCGAAUCGUGUUUGAAGCCCUCUCCGUGGAAGAACUGUCUGCCGAAGUUGUACAACAAGGUGCAGAGGCACUAGCUGCAUCAGCACAAAAAAACGAGGACGUUAAGGAUGCUUACGUGCAUCUGAAGGUGCAUGAAGUUCUUGUGCAUCAGCUGAGGAAGCAUCACAACGAUGCUGGUGCCGUACAGGGAGUGUGUGAUGCAUUACGUUCUUUAGUGACUGCUGAUGAUGAACGGAUUGCUGCUUCUCGGACUUUUCAGAAUGGCAUGUUAAUCGCGAAAGCCGGGGCUAUGGACACUCUUUUGGAUACGGCACAUCUGCAAAGCAAGUCCGCUCCGAUUCUCGCUUCCCUGUGCUCAGCAAUAAAAAAUCUGGCUGUCAAUGACGAGAUCUGCAAGUCUGUGGCCGAUAGAGGUGGUCUGAACCUAGUUUCACGAUUUCUUACAACUUCUAUGGAACAGAAUAAUAGGGUCAUGGCCAGAAGUACUUGCAUUCUCUUAAUACAAUUAGCGGGCAGUGAUGACAACAAGGAUGCCUUCGUGAUGCUGGGAGGACUUGAUCAACUUGUGAGCCUCAUGACUGUUUUCUCCGAAGAUCCAUCUGUUAUCCAAGAGGCGCUGACUGCUAUCGCUGUGAUUACCUUAAGAUCACCUUCAAAUGCUAGUCAGGCAAUGAAAGCUGGAGUGGUGGAUAUUACCGCUGAGAUGAUGGAGAAGCAUGUAAAAGUAGCAAAUUUGCAACGACAAGCGUGCAAGUUAAUUCGGAACCUGGCUGUAAGAAACUUAGAGAACAGGCCGAUUAUUUUGGAGAAAGGGUUGGAAAAACUCAUCAGACUCGCUAAGACAAACCAUGAAGCUUGUGAUGAUGCAGCUUCUGCUGCUCUAAGGGACCUUGGCUUUGAUGAUUAUAAUGUAUAGUAACCUUGAAAUAUGUACUAAUGAUUCUCCAAUCUUGUCAGUUGUAAUUUGUUUUCUCUCUUCUUUAUCGUAUUAUUUAUGUUUGUUUGGAACAUGUAAUAUAUAUGCAUGUAAUCUGG